GGUCCCGACGCUGAGAAAGAGGCCCGGGUGCUAGUGGUGGCGCCGCACACCUCACCAUUUGAUGUUUUAUCUGGUAUUGCGCUGAAAAUCCCAUCGCCGGUGGCCCGACACGACGCCGUCGAUAUACCAUUGUUUGGGAAUGUGAUCAAAAUAACUGAUCCCGUGUUUGUUGAGAGAGACUCAAAGACGUCGCGGAAUAAUGUGUUGUCCAGUGUUUUGGAGAAAAUAAAAUUCGUCCGCAUUUUCUUCUUCCCCGAAGGCACCUGUACUAAUCGCAGGGCAUUGUGUCAGUUCAAAGCGGGCGCUUUUAAGUUGGGUCUACCCAUACAGCCCAUUGCUAUCAAAUAUGACCAGGGUGGUGGUCCAGACACUUUGAGCUGGACAUGGGAUGGACCGCCUGUUUGGAAAUCCAUUUGGUUGACUCUGAGCCGAUGGAGUACUGGCGUAGAGUUAGUGCUGUUACCCGUCUAUCAUCCUUCCGAACAGGAAUUACAAGAUCCAGAACUCUAUGCAUAUAAC